AUUUGAUGCUUGUAACAUGAGUUUCUCUCCGAGAAAUUUGACAAGCGUAAGCGUAGAUUCGCAUUACGCACGGCGUGAUGUGACUUUCGCGUGCCCGGCAAUGCGGAAAUGGCAACACGGCUCAGUUGAAGCCGGAGCGAGACAGCUAGGACGAUUUUUGAGAAAACAGGCAUUCACGAGUUAUCUAUUCAACAAUAUAGUUUAUCAUCAUGACUUCAAGAUUGGACCGACUAUUCAUAUUAUUAGAGACUGGAACAAACGCAGUUACCAAAAGAGCAGCUGCGCAACAGUUGGGAGAAGCACAGAGAUUACAUCCUCAUGAUCUGCAUCAUCUAUUAGCAAGAGUCUCUACCUUGUUAAAAUCUCCACAAUGGGAUACUCGAAUAUCAGCAGCUCAUGCUGUACAAGCUAUACUUGCUCAAGUUCCAUCUUGGGAUCCACAGCCAAUUAAAAAAGAAAACUCUACAGCAGAUGAAUCAGAAACGAUUAAACGCAAAGCCUCCACUACCAGAUUGAAUUUAGAGUCUUUUGACAUGAGCAGAGUUCUAGCUCGCAGUUCACAUCUUACUGGCUCUGAGGGUAGCGAAUAUGAUUUAACUAUAUCGGAAGGAGAGCAGUUAUCGCUUCCUAGUCAGCAAGAAAAAUUAGCUGCAAAGCUAGGCCUUCAUCCACGUUUGAUGGGUGUUGAUGAUUUGUUUACCGUCGACGACCUUACCCCACAGACGCCAUGUGCAACCCAACCUGCUACUAUACCUAUAGACGAAACUUUGAAACAACCAGGGGGCUUAAGCAGGAGAGAAAUGAAUAGAGCGAAACGCAAAGCGCGUCAGUCAGUGACAAAACAACGAUCACGUGAACCAGAUGAUCAUCGCACUAAUGAUGACCAUUCAAAUUCAAUGAAUGUUCAAUCUCCAGUGAAUAAUAUUGGUGAACCACCGACUAAAAAAGUAAUACUAGAGGAUAUGAUCUCAGAUCCUGGAUCAAAAUGCGGCAUAUCUAAUGAACAAGUAAUCGGAGUACCAGAUAGUACUGGAUGUUGGCCAGAUUCUCUGGUAGACUGGCCUUUAGAAUCCUUCGCGGAAAGUCUUUGCCAGGAUUUAUUUAGUCAGAAAUGGGAAGUGCGUCAUGGAGCAGCGACAGCUUUACGGGAACUUAUAAGACUUCAUGGAAAAGGAGCGGGCAAAUCCACUGAUCAAACGCUGGAAGAAAUGCAAGAGAGCCAUUACGAAUGGGUGAUUGAUGCCGCCUUACGAUUAUUGUGUGUAUUAGGGCUUGAUCGAUUUGGAGAUUUUGUAUCUGACCAAGUUGUUGCACCAGUACGAGAAACAUGUGCUCAAGCAUUGGGGUCGCUCUUUCUAUUAGUGCCUGGUGGUCCAAAUGCCAAAGAUACAAAUGGUGUUUUUCCUGGAAUACUUUCUGUAGUCCUCAAACUGUUGGAAUACAACGAAUGGGAAGCGAGACACGGUGCAUUUCUUGCUUUAAAAUAUUUACUAGCCGUACGAGACGAUCUUUUGGACGAGGUAUUGCCGAAAGUAUUUCCCUCUAUUAUGCAAGGAUUAUCCGAUCCUGUCGAUGACGUAGGCGCAGCUGCUGCGAGUGCGCUUAUACCAGUAGCGCAUGCUCUUCCGCGAUUAUUAAAACCAACAGAACUGGAAGCUAUCGUAAUACGUCUUUGGCAAUUGUUAAAAGAACAAGACGAUCUGGCCGCAGCUUGUAACACCUUUAUGGGUCUUUUGGCUGCAAUACUCUCGUUACCAGCAGCACGUGCUUGCAUGACGCCCCAACCGUUAUCGCAAGUAUUACCACGUUUAUGGCCAUUUCUCAAUCAUUCAAGUUCAAGUGUACGUAAAGCCACACUGCAAACGCUACAAACUUUAACUGGAAAUGACGGCGAUUUCAAUGAAAACAAAAAGGAACGAUGGGGCGAGGGUGGUGGAUUAGUUUUGCAAGAAGCAUUGAGGCAUGUGUUUCAGUGUGUGCUAAUAGAACAUAUUAGCGCGAUACAAGACGUGGCUGAACGUGUCUGGGAAAAUCUAGUCGUGCAGAGUGAUCUCGAGUUAUUGUUACACGCAGCGUGCCCUCACGUUAGUACAUGGCUUUGUCUCGCCAUGCAACCGGAACAUGUGCCAUUCAAUCCAAACUUAUUAAUGACAGUCGCUAGUACUAAGGGCACAAGAAACAAUCAAACCUCGCCAAAUGUCACUUUCUAUGACGGGCAACCAGAUACUAAUGGUGGAAGCAGUAAUAUUAAUGCAAGUACAAAAUCAUUAUCCGAGCUGAAAAUGUAUAUUGGUGGGAUUGAAACAGUGACACUGAACGUACGAAAAGCAAACGUAGUACAGGCUCGUUGUAGGGCGUCUCGUAUGUUAGGAUUGUUGUCGUACUACGUUGUACAACCCGCACCAGAUGUCGUUUAUCCACCAGACGUGCCUAGUCCUGCACUUUGUUAUGCUAAAGUGUUAUUGGCACAUCUCAAUUCGCGAUCGGCGUUGCAACGUACUGUUGUAGGACUUACGAUGUCUCAUUGGGCGAGUGCGGAUCCAUCGAAGAUACCUGUAAUACCAGACAUACUUCGUGACAGAUUACUGGCUUGUUUAAACGAAUGUAUGUACUAUGAUGAGAUUGCGACUUCCUUUACCCGUUUACUACAUGAAAGUCGAGAUUAUAUUGCAACUUUAAAACAUUAUAAAUUGAUGGUACCAGUUGACGUAGAUUCAUCCGGCGUGAUGACUCUUGAUCAAAUCGCUGCACUUGCUAGAAAAACAAUUUCCACCCUUUGCACUGUGGGAGCAAAUGCAGGUGGAGGUGGAAAUAUUAGCGGCAGUUCAAUAGCUAUUAAAUUGAAACCUAAAUUAAUGGAGAGUUUAGAGGAGAGGAGGCGAGCUUUGGAUGUCGGAGCGGCUACGACAGCAGCACAACAACAAUUAUUGCAUGUUAUGUCAAUGGCCGCGCUCGCUGGUGCCGCUACGAUGUUACACAUUCUUCCACAAUCUCCUCAGCCACUUAAUCCGUUAGUAAAACCACUAAUGGAAUCUGUAAAACGUGAAGAAAAUGAGGAACUGCAAAAACUGGCUGCAAAACAUUUGUCUCAUUUGGUCGAACUUUGUGUUGAUAGAAAACCAUCUCCAAAUGCAAAGAUUUCUACCAAUCUAUGUACAUUCCUAUGUUCUGACGUUGAGUUUACACCACGAGUAUGUAGCACCAGCAACAAUGACGUUUUUGAUGGAAUACUCACUUUGAAUAACAGACAAAAACAUGCUGAGAGAAUAGCUUACAAUCGUGGUGCAGGUAGCGGAUUCGGCAGUGGUAGAGGUCCUGGUAGACCACCAACAACUGACAUUCCCGUUGAGGAAUUGCUUGCUUGUGAAGAACCAGAAGCCAAAGCUGCUAGAACGCGCCGUCGCGGAGCUACAUUGGCAUUAACAGCUAUAGCUACUCUCUUUGGUACUCAAUUACCUGAUCGCUUACCUGCACUAUGGGAUUUGAUUUUAUCGAAUACAUUGAAAGACACAAUCAAACAAGACAUUAUAGAAGAAGAUCACGGAAAUCAAUUAAUUUUUGGUUUACAAGUAUUAGAGAUUAUGGUGCCGAGUUUGGAUAAGUCUUUGUUACCGCCUGCUCUAGAGUGUCUACCACGUUUAUGCAAUUUAUUAGCACAUCCAUAUAAAGCCGUUAGGCAUAUGGCCUCACGAUGUAUAGCUACAUUAGCUACUCUAAAUACAGAGAAGACAAUGGUAUACAUAAUACACAGUGUUAUACCACUCUUAGACACUACUGGUAGUGAGAAGAGAUGUUCUUCAGGCUUAGUGGCACCUAACGAAGUUGAUUCCGUACGCCAAGGAGCUGCGGAAGCUCUAAGUUGCAUUGUCGAGAGCUUAGGUGUACGCGUGGUGCCAUAUGCAGUACUUUUUAUGGUACCUUUACUAGGGCGUAUGAGUGAUCAAAAUCAUUCUGUAAGACUAGUUUGUAGCGCAACAUUCGCUACGCUCGUGCAAUUGUUACCGCUAGAUCCUGGCGCAAUUACAGAUCCACCAGAUUUAGUACAAGAAAAGGCACAAGAGAGAAAAUUUUUGGAUCAACUGUUGAAUCCUCGUAACAUCCCUGAUACUAAACUACCGAUUCCCGUAGCCGCAGAAUUACGUUCUUAUCAACGUCAAGGCUUAAAUUGGCUCAAUUUUUUGAAUCGUUAUCAUCUCCACGGAGUUCUAUGCGACGACAUGGGUCUUGGAAAAACAUUACAGACGCUCUGCAUCUUGGCAUUGGAUCAUCAUCGCAAUCCAGAAGCACCGGCCAGCCUAGUAGUAUGUCCACCAACACUCACUGGUCACUGGGUAUACGAGGCCGAGAAAUUCUUCAAAGCGAAGGAUUUAUCAGUCAUUCAGUAUGCUGGUACACCUCAAGAUCGCGAAAAAUUACGUCCCCGAGUGCCACAUCAUAAGCUCGUAGUUGCAAGUUAUGAUAUUGUACGAAAAGACAUCGAAUUCUUCGAGGCCCAUCAAUGGAAUUAUUGCGUGCUUGAUGAAGGUCAUAUAAUAAAGAACGGAAAAACGAAAAGUGCUAAAGCCACGAAGCGUUUGCACGCAAAUCACAGGCUCAUAUUAUCCGGCACACCUGUACAAAACGAUGUGCUCGAGUUGUGGUCUCUGUUCGAUUUUCUGAUGCCAGGCUUUCUCGGCAGCGAAAAACAAUUUGCCGCUAAAUAUUCUCGUCCCAUUUUGGCCUGCAGAGAGCCAAAAGCAGGACCGAAAGAACAGGAAGCUGGUGCUUUAGCUAUGGAGGCUCUUCACAGACAGGUAUUACCGUUCUUAUUGAGACGAAAUAAGGAAGAUGUAUUGCAAGAUUUACCACCCAAAAUUACACAAGAUUAUUACUGCGAUUUAUCGCCUUUGCAACGUAUACUUUACGAAGAUUUCCGCACUCGUCAUUCGGCCCUUACUACCAGCUCCUCGUCUUCGAAUGAUUCUCAAAACCACGUGUUCGAAGCGUUACGGUAUUUACGUAACGUGUGUAAUCAUCCUAAAUUGGUGCUAAGUCAAGGGCAUCCGCUAUACCGAACAGUGUGUGAUAUGUUGAAGCAGCAACAAAGCACUCUAGCGGAAAUCGAACACGGUGCCAAGUUACUUGCAUUGAAACAGCUACUAUUAGAUUGUGGCAUAGGACAACAACAACAACAAACUCGCAAUUCUUCCAUUGCCGUGAAUCUUACUGCAGAAAGCACCCAUUCUCAGGAACAGCAAUUAGUCAGCCAGCAUCGGGCUUUAAUUUUCUGUCAGUUAAAAGCAAUGUUGGACAUUGUAGAGGAAGAUUUACUUCGCACGCAUCUACCAACAGUAACAUAUCUCCGUCUGGAUGGCAGUGUGCCAGCAACACAGAGACAUUCUGUCGUAGCGCGUUUCAAUGCUGAUCCAUCGAUAGACGUUCUUUUAUUGACCACUCAGGUCGGUGGUCUUGGAUUAAACUUAACGGGAGCAGACACUGUUAUAUUCGUGGAACAUGACUGGAAUCCCAUGAAAGAUCUCCAAGCAAUGGACCGCGCGCACCGCAUAGGUCAGAAGAAAGUAGUCAACGUGUACCGCUUAAUUACUAGAGCGACAGUGGAGGAGAAGAUCAUGGGACUACAGAAAUUUAAGCUUCUCACUGCAAAUACAAUAAUAUCAACGGAGAACGCUUCUUUAGAAACUAUGGCUACUGAUCAAUUAUUGGAUCUAUUUUCAUUGGAUAACGGAAAAGAGAAGAGGACAGAUCACCAAGAGGACACUGCAUCGUCGAAACUUCCUGGCCUACCGGGAAUUAGCCGUUCUGUGCUAGAUAUUCUACCCGAACUUUGGGAACAGCAGCAAUACGACGACGAAUACGAUCUCGACUCAUUUUUAUCCACUCUGAAGGCUGAUAGCCAGUAAGCUUACCAGUACCUCUAUAAUUCAUUCAACGUAGAUUUAGAGCCCGGCAAAUUGUUCGCGUAGCUCCAAGAUCGCACAUGAUAUCAAAUGGAAAAUACUGUAGAAGUUCCGGUUGUUAACUCUUAUAGUUUGAUAGUUAUAGCAUAUCCCAAUGGCCAAAAGCGAUCACAUAUAUAUAUAUAUAUACAUAUAUAUAUAUAUAUAUAUAUAUACAUAUAUAUAUAUAUAUAUAUAUAUAUAUAUAUAUAUAUAUAUAUACAUAUAUACAUAUAAUUUACGUAAUAAUAAAAACUACGCCUGAUUAAGAGUUAACAAAUCUAGCUCUGUUAACAAUGGAACAAGUUGUUAAUCAUUAACAAUAAGGAAAAUGACAUUACCGUC